AUGGCGUUAGCUGAGAAUGUGCUAAGGAAAAUCCACAAGUUGGGAUUGAUACCCAAAACAAUCAAACAUUUACCUCGUAUUUCGGGUGUUUUGGUGAUUUUCAGUAUAGUAUGGCUACUAACCUUGGCCCAAGAUGGUAAUUAUCGUAAUUGUUAUAUUUCUGAAAACGCAUUGAUGCCCGGUCAAGUCCACUCGUAUUUUAGAGAGAGCGAGUGGAAUAUUGUACGUGGGUAUCGAGAAGAAGUUUCCAAGUUGGAAAAUAGUUCAAUCGAGGAGCGGAAUGCAAUUGUUAGUCAAUGGUUGGAUGAUUUUGGUUUACAGGUUUCCUGUUAUGAUUCUGAAAGAGUACUCUAUGCCAUUAUGCAUGCUUCAAGAGGCGAGAAUACCGAGGCAAUGGCCUUAGUUGUACCAUGGAUCAACUCUGAUUUGGAGUAUAACGAAGGAGGUAUUGCUUUGGCGUUAGCCUUGAUGCGGUAUUUUAACCGUAUUUCUGUUUGGUCUAAGAAUAUUAUUCUUGUUGUGCCGCCGGAUGGUAAGAGAAGCUUAAGGGCAUGGGUCGAAGCGUAUCAUACGCUGUUGGACGAUACUGCCGGGUCCAUAGAAGCAGCAGUCGUGAUGGAAUACGGUAAACAAGGAGAUGGUUUUGAAUAUUACGAUAUGUUCUACGAAGGGCUAAAUGGACAACUACCCAAUUUGGAUUUGCUCAAUACUGCUAAUAUCGUAGGCCACAAUGAAGGAAUAAGCUGCAGUAUACAGGGAAUAAGUGGCAGAGUUUGUAAUUAUACAAAUAAGUUGAAGACUUUAUUUAAGGGGAUUUUGAAAUUGGUGACUGCUGGGUUAAUUGAUGUACAUGGACACGAGGCAUUUUCUGGAUGGCAGAUUCAAGCAUUCACGAUAAAGGCCAGGGGAACACAGGGACAUGACGUGACUCAAUUUGGAAGAAUAGUUGACCAAACUUUCCGUUCGGUAAAUAACUUAUUGGAGAAAUUCCACCAAUCGUUUUUCUUUUACUUAAUGUUGAGCCCCAAACAUUUUGUAUCGAUUGGUACUUAUUUGCCAGCGGCUGUAAUGUUGGCUUUGAGUUAUGCAGUUAGUGCUCUUGACGCUGUUUUGAACUCCAAUGUUGUGAUAAAGGAUAUUGCUCAAGAUUUGACUAAAAUGAUCAUAUUGGUUGUUUCGGUUCAAUUAUGUUGUGUGAUUGCUUCAGUGAUUGUUUUGCAUCACUGCUCUGCAAGUUUGAUUCAGACUCUUCAAUUGAUAUUGCUGGGAGUUGGGGCAAUAAUAGUAAAUAAAAAAGUGAAAUUAUCGACAAGUGCAUGUUAUUCCCUAAUGGCAUUUGCAUUAUUGAGUAUUUCAUUUAUGAUUAUUGCUUUAUUGAUUGUUCACUUUGCAUUAGCUUAUGUGAUUGGAAUAUUGGCUGUUCCGUUAACGUUUGUUCCCACAAUAAUCAAAAAGAAACGUGCCUUGACUAUACUUUGCUUAAUUGUUUCAAAUCCGUUUCUUUUGAUAUUUAUUGGAGGUAGAGUUUCGGGAAAUAAAGAUUUUCUUUUGAAUAUCGUUCAAGCAUGGGUUGAUUUGCAGAGCUGGACAUGGUUCAUCAUCAUGCUUGGAUGGUUUCCUGCAUGGCUAAUUAUAUCAUACUUUUCGAUAACUUUGUUAAUACAAGGAACCAAUGAUAUGACUAUGAAGGAGCCUGCUAGUAAAUCUGAAAAUGCUGCUAUGGAUGGGAAAGCUUAUGAGACUGCUGAGAAAGAAGCUACAGAGAAAGAAGUUACCGAGAAAGUUGAGAAAGAAGUUACAGAGAAAGUUGAGUAG